GCACGCCGCGGCAUAUCGUCUUCAUAAAUGCGAAUACUGUGCGUGAAUUUCGAGUGCAUUCGUGUUGAAAAUGGUGAAAAUCGAUAGAUAAACGCAUCCAGUCGUUGAAACCAGUGUUAUACAAUCGUGCCGGACAGUAAAUUGUACAUUUUCGAGCAUCUCUGUGAGCUGCUUCUACAUCGCCAUCAUCCGUGUGGUCCUCGUUUUCUUCGGUGCUGAAACACGAUGGCGAGCGAAGAAAACGUACGGGCUUUGACCGAAAUCACCGGCCUGGAAGAGGGACCGGCCACGAAUCUUCUCACGGCAUACAACGGCAAUCUAGAAGGUGCCAUUAAUGCGUUCUUUGAAAACCCGGAGGGCAUACUGAAUCCCGAACCGCCGGUUGUAAUCGACGAUGAUUCGGAUCCGGCACCCGCUGCGGCACGUUCCGCCGUCAUCAACGACGACGACAACGUACGUGCACCGAUUCCGAGGAAGACGGAAAUUCUACUUCCACAGAUUGAAACAAACCGGGCACGGAUCGGGAAGCGACGUGGUGCCGUCAUUACCGAGGUCCCGUUUCGAAACUUCGAGCUCGAGGGACGCAUCCAGGAGCAGAUGCUGAUGCAACAGGACAAUGGACCGUCGGCAAAGAAAAUCACCCGCCUCGAGGCACUCUUUAUGCCACCGUUCGAUAUUCUUUUCUCCGGCGGGUUCGAUCUGGCCCAACGACACGGUCGCUCGGUCGACCGGUGGCUGCUGGUAAACUUACAGGACGAUCUGAACUUCAGCUGCCAAACGCUCAACCGGGACCUUUGGUCAGACGCCCAGCUGAAAGAGUUUAUGCGGCGGCAUCUUGUGUUUUGGCAGCAGUCGAACAAAACGACCGACGGGGCAAAGUUUAAGACGUUCUACAAGGUCCACUCGGAACCGUACAUCGGUAUGAUCGAUCCGCGCACCGGCGAGGAGGUACGGAAUUUUUCCUCCGACGACCUGUCGUCACCGAGCCGGUUUUUGCAAACGCUCAAAGCAUUCCUGGUGGAAAAUAAAUCGCCGCACGGAAAAGAGAUUAACGUGAGCCAAAGCUACAUGCUUGGCAUGGGACCGUCAACUUCCUCGUCGUCGAACGGAGCGAAAAUUUUUGGAAGUGCCACCACUAGCACCAGCACUAGCGCGGGAAGCAGUGGCCAAGGUAGCAGUAGCGGAACCAGUAAGCAAUCGUCGGUAGCAACUACAAGCGGAACGAACAACCAGCGGAACCGAUGGGUCACCGUGAUCGAUGACGACGACGAUGACUUUCAGGAGAUCACCGACAGUGAAAGUGAAAGCGAUGACAAUUCGCGAUCAGUGGCAGUAGUACCAUCGGCCGGAGGCUCAACUUCUUCCGCCAGCAAACUUCCGAAGGCAGGCCCUUCGUCGUCCGCAAGGGAAAAGGUGGAAGCACAUGAAAAAUCAGCCAAUGAUGCUGGUACUGUUGAACCCUCGAAAGCAGAAAUCAAAGAAGCAGAGCUGCAACCCUGGGAAAUAGAAGAUGUGACAAGUAAACCCACGGCUCUUAGUUCCGAUUCCGAGUCCACACUCGCACCGGAUCAAAAGACGCGCAUUCUACUCAAAAUGCCGGGAAAUGUGACGGAGCGGUUAUUUUUCCGCAGUUCCCGCACGCUCGAGCGGGCGAUGGCGAAGCUGCGUCAGAAGUACGAAAAGCAUUUCCCGAACAGCGGCGACUCUAUGGACGUGCGGUUCUUCUGUCAGGCGAUUAAGGCUGAUCUGUCUUCGCUGGAUCCCGCCAAAACGCUGCUCGAGUUGAAGAUUCACCCGAACGCCGUGAUUCACGUGACAACGGACGAUUAGAUUGAAUCGGGAGAGAGUUCGUUUUUACGUGUGCCAGACGAUUUGCCUGCAUUAUUAAACGUAUGUCUCCAAUGUCCCAUUUACGGCAUGGAUGUAUAAAUGAUUCAUUGCAUUCUGUUUUUAAUGUAUCUGGAUAUAAAUAAUUUGUUUAUAAGAUA